UCACAAAGAUAUUUAUUGAACGGCCGGACAAUUUGUCGCGCCACGCACAAUUGUACAAUUUCGACUUUAGCACACAACUUUUUUUCAUGUCAAGUUUUAAGAGAGGAACACUGCCAGUGGUCUUCACCACAAAAAGCAAAACAUCCACGACCACUAGCCCAACUACGAGCCUGGGCAAAAAUGUAUGGAGAUGCAGGCAAUUCAGCUGAGAUGAAGAAGAGGCCAAAUUUGGUUGGAGCAGUUGAUCAAGGCACCAGCAGUACAAGAUUUUUGAUUUUCAAUGCAGCAACAGCUGAGGUGGUGACUUAUCAUCAAAUUGAGAUCAAACAGUUUUUUCCUAAAGAGGGGUGGGUGGAAGAAGAUCCGCUAGAAAUCCUGGACUCCGUCAAAACUUGCAUUGACAAGGCAACAGAAAACUUGGUCGGUCUCGGCUACCAGACUUCAGACAUCAAAGCCAUCGGCAUCACAAACCAGAGGGAAACGACCAUUGUAUGGGACCCUAGCACAGGCAGACCUUUGUAUAACGCUAUAGUUUGGAGUGACCUUAGAACUGCUACCACUGUGGAUGAGCUGAUUAAAAAAACUCCAGGUAGAAACAAGGACCAUCUCCGGGGUCUAUGCGGACUGCCCAUCGCGACCUACUUCAGUGCGCUGAAACUGCGCUGGCUAAUGGACUAUUCUGAGAAGGUCAGGAAAGCUGUCGAGGGUGGUCAUUGUCUGUUUGGUACAGUUGACACCUGGUUAGUUUGGAACCUAACUGGGGGCACCAGGGGAGGGAAGCACGUGACAGAUGUCACCAACGCCAGCCGCACCAUGCUCAUGAACUUGUCGACCUUGACCUGGGACGACUACCUGUGCAGAUUUUUUGGGAUUCCCAAGCAAAUUUUGCCCAGUAUAAAAAGUUCCUCAGAAAUCUAUGGAGAACUGUUUGUCACAGCGCUACAAGGCACCAACAUUUCUGGGAUACUAGGUGACCAGCAAGCUGCCCUGGUGGGACAGAGCUGUUUUCAAGUGGGUCAGGCCAAGAACACCUACGGCACCGGCUGUUUCCUUCUGUACAACACAGGUCUCACUCCUGUUGAGUCCAAGACUGGGCUGUUGACCACGGUGGCCUACAAACUUGGCAAAAAUAAACCUGCGGUCUACGCACUAGAGGGUGCUAUAGCUAUUGCUGGAGCUUGUAUAGCCUGGCUAAGGGACAACCUUGGCAUCAUAGCGUCCUCUUCUGAGAUAGAAAAACUUGCGUCAGAGGUGGACAGUGUCCAUGGUUGUUAUUUUGUGCCAGCUUUCUCUGGGCUGUUUUGUCCAUACUGGCAGAAUGACGCUAGAGGGAUUGUGUGCGGCCUGACACAGUUUACCAACAAAAGUCACAUCGCAAGAGCUGCCCUAGAGGCUGUCUGCUUCCAGACCAGAGAGUUGUUGGAUGCCAUGAACACAGACAGUGGCCUUGAACUUUCCAGUGUCAAGGUCGAUGGUGGGAUGACAGCCAACUCGCUGCUGAUGCAGAUCCAGGCAGAUCUUAUUGGGAUACCAGUGGUCAGACCCUCCAUGACGGAGACGACAGCCCUGGGUGCGGCCAUGGUGGCCGGGGCAGCUGAAGGGGUGGAGGUGUGGACCAGGCUGGGUGGGGACAAGGCUCCACCCAUCACAUGUGACGUCUUUGAGCCGUCAAUCACUGCCCGAGAGCGUUCGGAGCGUCUGGCGCGGUGGAAGGGAGCGGUCAACCGUAGCAUGCAUUGGGACACAGCGGGACACGCACCACGUGUGUCCGGCGACCUCUGGGACGUGCUGGCCCCUGGGUUGUACCUGUGGCUCAGCUUUGGUUUCCUGAUUGCCUCCCAUGUUAUCAGCAAGAGGUGACAGGGGAGAUGACCUAGCUGUAGUGUUGCUUGUUGUUGCUUGUUGAUGCCUCAAGAUUUCCUAUCCCACCAUGGAUGUCUGGUUUGUGAUGUCACUGAUGUUAACACUUGAGGUAGAUUUAAGAGUCAGCUUCUGACAUUAGUAGAUGUAUCUGGUGACAUUUAGUUCUGACAGUUUGGUUUGACAGUUUCUUGUGACAAGUUCAUUGUGACAGUUUUUUUGACAAGUUCAUUGUGACAGUUUGUUGUGACAGUUUAUUGUGACAGUUUGUUGUGACAGUUUAUUGUGACAGUUUAUUGUGACAAGUUCGUUGUGACAGUUUGUUGUGACAAGUUCAUUGUGACAGUUUGUUGUGACAGUUUAUUGUGACAGUUUAUUGUGACAAGUUCGUUGUGACAUUUUGUUGUGACAGUUUAUUGUGACAGUUUAUUGUGACAGUUUAUUGUGACAGUUUAUUGUGACAAGUUCGUUGUGACAGUUUGUUGUGACAAGUUCGUUGUGACAGUUUGUUGUGACAAGUUCAUUGUGACAGUUUGUUGUGACAAGUUCAUUGUGACAGUUU